GUGCUUUGCAACCAGUUCGAAAAUUGAUGUCUUUCUAACAUGAGUAAAAAGGGCCAAUGAAGAACCUAUUAUAUUAUUUAAUUGUUUUUUUUUUUUAGUAAAACAUUUAUAUUUUGCAAUGUCAGACUUUUUCGACAGUGAAGCUGAGGAAUCUGGUGAAGAUUUAGACGAAACAAAACAAAAAGAUGAGGAUGAUGAUGAUGAAGAAGAUGAGGGAGAUAAUAUAGAUGAAAACGAGAUCAAUGAUAUUAUCGAUGACAGGGUCAUAGAAGAAGAUGAUGAUGAUGAAGAAAGUGAUGAAGAGGAAGGUCCUAGUCGAAAAAGAAAAUUAGAAAGUGAUGAGGAUGAGGAAAUCGACGAUGAUGACUUAAAAUUGAUCCAGGAAAACACAGGUCUUACAAUUAAAAAGAAAAAACACAGUCGUGUCAAGCUUCUUGAUUCUGAUUCGGAUGACGAGGUUGAGAAGCCUGGUAAUGACCGCGACCAAAUUGCCCAAGAUUUGUUUGACCUAGCUGAUGAAGAAGAUGCCAAAUCUAUUCGCUCUGCACGGCCAACUUCAAGACAGUCACAACAAUAUGUUGCAGUAGAGCAAGUGGAUGAAAGCUCAGAUGAAGAUGGUGAUAAUAUUGAUAACUUUAUUGUUAAUGAUGAUGAUGAGCCCAUCAAGGGAAAAAAAGUCAAGAAAAAGCAUACUAGUAAAAGAUAUGUUGAUAGUGCACUUCAAGAAGCUCAGGACAUAUUUGGGUUGGAAUUUGAUUUGAGCGAGUUUGAUGCAGAUGUUGAAGCAUUAGAUGAAGAUGUUGAUUACGACUCUGACCUAGAUGAAGAGCAAUUGGCUGCAAAAAUGGCAGAGCGAAAGGCAAAGAAGAAAUCAAAGACAGACAUCUUUAAGGUUUUUGAGCCAGCUGAGUUGGAAAAAGGUCACAUGACUUUACAAGACAACAAAAUCAAAGUAACUGAUGUUCCUGAGCGAUUUCAACUCCGAAGUAUUUCAGUCCAAUUUAUCAGCGAAGAAGAGCUGGAUGAAGAAGCAGAGUGGAUUUACAAACAGGCGUUUAUGCAACCACCAAUUUCUCAGCAAAACUUUCAGGACCCAACUGAUCCAAAUAAACAUCACACAGGGUUUGAAGCUAAAAAUGUAACGGCUAUACCAAGAAUAAGAGCUGCAUUAAGCUUUAUGAAAAAAGACAUGUUUGAGGUUCCCUUUAUCGCUAUGUACCGCAAAGAAUACGUUGAGCCUGAACUAAAAAAGGAUGAUCUGUGGAAAGUGUAUGAAUGGGACGAGAAGUGGACCCAAUUUACGAAACGUAAGGAAAACAUGAAACGGUUAUUUGAAGACAUGCAGACGUUUCAGUUUGAAGUGACAAGAAAUAAUCCAGACGAACCUCUUCAGGAAGGAUUUCGUAUUCUUGAGCAGGAAGACAUUGAUCGACUUGACAAUGCACAGAAUGUGGAGGAGUUAAAAGAUUCUUACUUGCAUUUCCAGUUAUAUUACGGGAACAAUAUACCUUCCAUGCAAGAUUGGAAGGAAAAAAAUGAUAGAAUUAAAAGACAGGGAAAGAAAACAAAAAAAAAAAUUAUUAGAGUAAAGAAAAUAAAAGAACAAAAAAAAGAAAAACCAACCGAUGUUAGUGAAAAUAAUGAAGAUAAGAAAGAAAACACAGAGAACAAUAAAACAGACCCUGAAACUGGAGAACCCAUGGAAGUGGAAACAGAUAAGGAUGCUAACAAAGCGUCUGAAACAGAUAAGGAAAAAACAGGUGAUAUAGAUUUUACAACUGAAAAAGAAGACCAGAAUAAGGAGAAUGAAGAAGAUGAAGAAAGUGAGUACGAAGACAAAGAAAUAGAGGUUACUGAUUCAGAGGCUGAAAACGAACCUGUUGAAGAAGUGGAGGAACGCAAAAGGAGGCUGCCAAAGAAACGCGACUUAUAUACAAUAUGUAAAGAUAAUGGAUUAUCUCCAAUGGCUUCUCGGUUUGGACUUACUCCUGAACAGUUUGGCGAAAAUAUGCGUGAUAACUAUCAACGUCAUGAGCCUGAACAACAUCCUCAAGAGCCUUUAGAAGCAGCUGCAGAAUUUACAUGCAAUGCUUUCCCAUCAGCUGAAGCUGUUCUGUCUGGUGCUCGUCACAUGGUUGCUAUUCAAAUUGCACGUAACCCGCUAGUAAAACAGACUUUUCGACAAGUAUUUUACGAAAGAGCAAAGAUAUUUAUAACACCAACUAAAAAAGGAAAAAAGGAAAUAGAUGACUUUCAUCAAGCAGCCCCAUUUAAGUACCUCAAAAACAAACCGGUGCGUGAUUUACAUGGGGAGCAGUUCUUAAAGAUGUGGCAUGCAGAACAAGAACAACUAGUCACAAUAAAACUUAGCAUUGAAUCAGAAAAUACAGAUCCGAAUGGAUAUACCUUCAUCGAUGAAAUUAAACAGUUGUAUAACAGGGAUGAAUUUAGCCAUCUCGUGCAAGAGUGGAACAAGCAAAGAGCUGAUGCAUUGUCAUUGGCACUGAACAAAAUGCUAUGUCCUUUGGUCGCUAGUGAACUCAAAAAUAAAUUGUUGGUGGAAUCUCAAGAAUUUGCUAUUCAGCUUAUUUCAUUAAAAUUACGAAACUGGAUAUCUGUAGCACCAUACCAACCAGAUAACAACUACAAUGAGAAUGAAUAUAAUGAAGACCACGAAUCGACGAGGUGUCGUGUCCUGGCGUGCUCGUUUGUUCCCGAUAAAAAUGCUGCUGCUUUUUUUGCUAUGAUUGACAGUGAUGGACAAUGCGUUGACUUCUUGCGAAUGAAAUAUCUACUCUUUCGGAGAAAUAGCUUUAAAGAAUCUGAGCGAGUCAACAAGGAGAAAGACAUGGAAAGAUUAAAGGAGUUUAUUCAGAAACAUCAACCUCAGGUGAUAGCCAUAGCAGCAGAAUGCAGAGACGCAUCGAAUGUAAUGGAAGAUGUUAGCAGAGCAGUGCAGGAGUUGCAGCAGGAGCAGCAAAUGUCUCACAUCAAUGUUGAAUUGGUUGAUGCUGAAGUGGCACGAAUAUACCAAGACUCGCCCAGAGCACAGACUGAGUUUCCAGAAUAUGCCGACGUCUUACGUCAUGCAAUCUCACUAGGCCGUCGAAUUCAAGAACCUCUCCUUGAGUUUUCAAACUUGUGCGACUCUGAAGAUGAACUGUUGUGUUUGCGUUUCCAUCCUAUGCAGGAGGUGCUACCGCAAGAGAUAUUAAAGAAGAGAUUGGAGAUCGAAUUUAUCAAUCAAGUUAACGAAGUUGGCGUGGAUGUGAAUCGAGCUCUCGACAUUCCUUAUACCGCUGUCGUCACACAAUUUCUUUGUGGCUUGGGACCAAGGAAGGCAGCAAACCUUUUAAAAAUACUACGCCAACAAAGUUGUCGACUUGAGAACCGUUCACAACUUGUUACAGUGUGCGAAAUGGGACUUCAAGUGUUCCUCAACUGUGCUGGCUUCAUAAAGAUCGCUCAUAGCGACACCAAUGAGAAGUAUGAAGUUCUGGAUGGGACCAGAAUUCAUCCGGAGACUUACGACUGGCCACGAAAAAUGGCGAUAGAUGCUUUGGAAUAUGACGAGGGUAUGGAUGAAAAUAACCCAUCUUCUGCUGUUGAAGAAAUACUUGAACAACCAGAUCGUUUGAAGGACUUGGAUUUAGACGCUUUUGCAGAAGAGUUGGCGCGACAAGGUUACGGAAACAAACAGAUCACUUUGUACGACAUACGAGACGAACUCAUCACUAGGUUUAAAGACCACAGAAGCGUUUACAAAGGUUUGACUAGCGAAGAAAGAUUCCGAUUGUUGACGGGUGAAACACCUCAGACUUUGUACUAUGGUAAACUGGUCACCUGCAUUGUCACGGGGUUUGCAUACAAGAAACCGAAUCGAGAGGAACUGGAUUCAGCGAAUCCAACGAGAAACGAUGAGACGAACUUGUGGAAAUGUCCUUUUUGCUGGCAAGACACAUUUCCUGAUCUGAGCGAGGUGUGGACCCAUUUUGAUAAUGGUAGUUGUCCCGGUCAAGCUGUCGGUGUACGUACCCGAUUUGAAAAUGGUAUCACCGGUUUUAUAGCAACAAAAAACAUAAGCGACAAAAUGGUGAAACGACCUGAAGAAAGAGUUAGGAGUGGGAUGUCUCUUCAUGCAAGAGUAACGAAGAUCAACUACGAUCGAAUGCAACUGGAUCUCACCUCAAAAUCUUCAGAUCUUGCUGACAAACAGGGAACUUUCAGUCCUGCGAGAGAUUUGUAUUUCGAUCAAGAAGCGGCUGACAAAGAUCGAAAACAAGAAGAAAGUAUAAAAUCAGCUCAAGCUAAACGCACCACUUACUUAAAACGAGUCAUUGCUCAUCCAUCAUUUAAGAACGUCACUUUCAAAGACGCUGAAAAAUUGUUGGAAAAUAUGGAGCAAGGCGAAUGUAUUGUGAGACCUUCAAGCAAGGGCACUGAUCACUUGACAGUAACUUGGAAAGUAGCAAAGAAUAUAUACCAGCACAUCGACAUCCGCGAGGAGGGAAAAGAAAAUGAUUUUAGUAUUGGAAAGUCUUUAUGGGUUGAAAACGAGGAAUAUGAAGAUCUGGACGAAAUAAUGACUCGUUACAUCGGCCCAUUGUCAACGCAUGCGCGCGAGAUACUCAGUCACAAGUACUUCAAAGAAACAGACGGCACACGAGCGAAACUGGAGGAAAUAUUAGCCGUGGAGAAAAGAAAAGCUCCUGGUCGAAUACCGUAUUUUUUCUCAACAGCGAAGCAAUACCCUGGAAAAUUUAUGAUAGGUUAUAUGCCCCGCAAUAAGCCUCGCGUGGAGUACAUCACUAUAACAUCAGAUGGUUUUCGUUACAGAGGAAGAAUUCACGCCAAUACUAAUAACCUACUCAAGUGGUUCAAAGAACAUUUCCGUGACCCAGUACCUGGAGCUGGUCAUUCCAGUUCUCGUCGCACUCCAUUUGGGCAUACGCCUUUGAUGAUGGGAACUACGCCCUACACACCUGGAUCAACGCCCGCCAACCUUAUAACGGAAGAUGAGGCAGCAAGUAUUAUGCAACAAGCGUUUCCGCCUGGUGGAAUGUAUAACAUGACGCCAGGUACAACGCCUGCUCGAUCAACGCCUGGUUAUUCAACGCCCGGAUUUUCGACCCCGGGUGGUUUAACACCAUCUCGGGAAAAUAACUUUGGACAGUGGGGAAAUAACUCAUUUAACGGUAAUACCGGCUUUAACAACAGUUAUAAUUCUUCGCACGGCAAGCGUGACAGGGAAAGACAUCAUGGCAACAGAAAUCAUAACAGACCCGAUAGUGGUCAGCGAAGGCAUCGACGUUAGUUCUCCGUGAAAGUGUCGUCUGCCUUGCGUCAAUCGGUCGAAAACAAAAACUAAAGGACAGUGGUAUUCUGUUGGAUAUUAGAAAUUUAAUUUAUAACGCAAAUUCAUUUUUGGAUUCUGAAUACAUGAUUUCCUAUGUACA